AUGAUAAUGCUCAUGUUAGUCAUCGAUAUCUACAUCAUCAUGUAUUUUCCGACUAUGUAAGUUUAUGACCAAACUAGAUAUUUUGUUGAAAAUGAUUGCAAAUCUCAUGGGAAAAUGAUCAAAAAUCAGCCUCCCCCAAAAAACUCACGAAUUCGAAAUUUCCUUUGGAAUCCUGGGCAUUUUUGUUGAUCAGUCGCAAAUCGCACUUCCAACAAUUCUGAAAAAAUAAACAUUUUGAAAUGAAUUGGCGCGUUUUCAAAAAAACUUACACUCGAAAAUAUAUAAAUGUCACAUUUUCCCUCGAAAUUUGAUCGAAUCCACGUUUGCAAACUUGUCGCAACUCUGAAAAUAUGAAAUUAGGCUAAUUCUGCUUUGAAAAACACGAAAAAACGCCCAUGCAACCAAAAAACCCGGGAAAAUGAGAAAAAUUCAAAAAACCACUAAACAACGGGCAAAAGAGGAGUGUCGUUGCACAAUUGUUUUUUGUUUUGAAAAAAUUUUAAAAUGUUUUUUUCAAGAAACUAUUAGGAAAUUGAGACGUUUUCAAUAAAAUCUAUCUCUGAAAAUAUAAAGUUAGGCUAACUUUACAUCAAAAAACUGAAAAAAAACCCCCAUGCAACCAAAAAACCCGGGAAAAUGAGAAAAAUUCAAAAAACCGCCGCUAGGGAAUUAUAAAAUUGCUAAAUUUUUAAUAAAAUCUACCAGCCAAACUAUUAAAAAAUGAAGUUAGGGUAACUUUACAUAAAAAAAUUGAAAAAAAUCAAAAAAACGCCCAUGCAACCAAAAAAGCCCGGGAAAAUGAGAAAAAUUCAAAAAAACCCGCUAGGGAAUUAUAAAAUUGCAAAGUUUUCAAUAAAAUCUACCAACCAAACUUUGAAAAUAUGAAGUUAGGCUAAUUCUUCAUCGAAAAACUCAAAAAAAAAACCCCAUGCAACAAAAAAAAUCCGGGAAAAUGAGAAAAAUUCAAAAAACCCGCUAAACAACGCGCAGACGCGGAGGGAGUGUCGUUGCACAAGGAAAUUCCCCGGGUUUUUCAAGAAAAUAAACAUUUUCAAUGAAACUUUUGAAAUUUUUCAUGGUUUUCAAAAAAAACUCACAUUUUGUGACUAAUCGGGAUUAGAAAAUAAUUCAGAACUGAUUGAUUUUUCAAAAAAAAACUGGAUUUGGAUAAAAAAAAAUUGAGAACACGUGAAAAUGUGGCAUUUUUUCACGUGUUUUUUUUAAAUUUUAAAUAUUUCUUUAAAAUUUUUCCAGCUACCAAACCCUCUCCAACACCAAAUACACCAUUCUCCUCCUUCUCAUUCCCUCAAUCUACGGUCUCUUCACAUGGACCUACGGUUUCCUGCAACUCAACAAUGACAUGCUGCAAUUCUGCAACCCACCAGUAGCGUUGCCGCCAAAAGUGAGCCGAUUUUGGUCGCUAUCAAAUGUUAUUUUCAACACGAUCACUCUGCUAUUAUUUGUUAUUUUGAUGAUCAUCUUUCAUCUUCAAGGUACAAUCAAACUUUUCUAAAAAAAAAAUACAAUUUGUUUUGACGUAAAUGUUUUUCAGGUAAACGUCAAAAAAAGAACACCACCAAAUUGAUGAAUCGUCUCAAAGUCUCUGUGAUAAUCUUCACAUUAUCGUGGUAUAUGUGCACUUUGGGUGUGGACAUUAUAACUGCCCUCGAUCUAGAUGAAGAGUUGUUCGGAUUCUUGCAAGCCAACAUGAUUUUCUUCGCCCUGCUCUGCUAUACUCAACCGUUUUACGUGGUUCUUUGGCGAUCAGUGGAAUAUCGCGACGCGUUUUUCGAAUUAUGGAGUUGUUUUGAGUUUUGUAAGAGGGCGAGGAGUAAGAAGGUUUCGGCGACGAUUGCAAUUGGAUACACGUCUACUGGAUUCACGAGAUAA